UGUAUGUACUUAUGUCGAAUAUGAAUUUUUUAUCGUUCGCUUGCUGAUGUGUUGUGCCCAAAAAUGCCUUUGGUACUUGCGUUUGCCAAAAACAUCGUUGCACAGUUGCGUUUGAAUCUCUGCUCGCAACGGUCGUACGUCUUUUUUGGUUGUAUAGCGCGCAUAUCUGGCGCGGGUUUCAAGUUCACAGUGCGGGAGCAUUAGUGAGUAAUGCGGUUGUACACAACUUCCAUUCGAAAUAUAUGUGCUAGUGUAAAGUUGAAGUUCAUAGUGCAGUGCUUUUAACUUUACUCUUAGGAAGCUAAUGAUAUGCAAAUGUGUUUCGUGUAUUUUUGCCAAAAAUGUGAUUUAAAAGGUUUCCUAAGGGCUAAACGAACAUAUUGCAAUAAAUUUCAGUCAUAUGAAUAUCGUGUUCGAAUUAUGAAACUUUAGUUACCAAAUAAUUUGUCUCCUAUGUGAAAAAAGCCUUCUUCUACUAAUAUACUAAGUACAAAGAUUAUCUGGAUACUACUUUUUUAUGCACACUAAGUACCUGCAUAAAUACAAAGUUUUAUAUUUGAAGCAAUAGCCCCAAAGCGCGAAGGAAACAAAACUUUAUCCAUUAGCCACUUUUACAGUCAGUUUGGACCACCUGCACAUGGAUAUAUAAAAUAAAUACAAAUUGCAAAUGAAUAUCUAAACCAAGUACCUUCUGCAUGCAAUGUACAAAAAAUAUUAAAUAAAAAUGGAGCGUGACGAAAAGCUUUCACCUUCUGCAACAACAAAUCAAACAAUAGGCGCAGUGUCGGAUGCCAGCAUGAUGCUGCCUGUUCAAGCAGCUACAGACAGCAAGCCUAAGGCAACAAGUUCACAUACUCCGUCGCCAUUACAAACGCUAGUAACGGCGCCACCUUUGCAGCCACUGGUGCAAACAUUUACCACACCGUUGCAUCGAAAAAAAGGUCGUUUAGAACGCUCAGAGCGCUUGCAAACUGUUGACAACAGUACCGCUAAUUACAGCGCUGCCCACUCGAAUAACACAACGACAACGCCAACACCAACAUUAACAUCCUAUUCAGCUUGGGAGGCUUUGGUUAAGGAAAGUUUCGGACAAAUUGCAUGGCCCAUUAAAAUUACUUCAUGGGAACUGGUUGACGACCAAGUGAAAAUUGUGCCAAACAGCUCUUCGGCUACGGAAUUAAUAUCAAGACGUGGUGUUUUUUCACGCCAUCAUUAUGGUUCAGUUGACCAACUACCACAAUCUGAAUUAGAUGGCCUAGAUCCGAAUUUUAAACGUUUUCGUAUUGAAAACGGCGAUUCGCUAGCGGAAAAGGAUGAGGUUUUCGGAUCACCCAGCACACCUAUCUUAGAAAAUCCUGAGCAUCAAACGCGGUGGUAUUUCAAAUACUUUUUGGGAAAACUUCACCAAAAUUAUGUCGGUAUGGAUACGGAAAAGAAUCCCUACUUUCUUUCGGUUGUGUCACAAGACUCGGGCCAUCAGGGUGCACCAAUGUAUCGGGCAAUAUUAUUUCGGAAACAGGGUACACAGAAAAUUGCGCUACCCUUUCAAUCUAAUCAAAAGCUAACUGUGAAACAAAUAUUGUCACAUUUUACUGGUAUGGAGGCAUCAGCUAAAAAUCCCAAAGAGAUAUUUACAGCCGACAUACAAAAGGACUUGCUACUACUUGAAGAGCAAGAGGGUUCAGUGAACUUCAAAUUCGGUGUGGUAUACAUGAAACCUGGUCAAGUUUGUGAUGACGAAAUGCUGAGCAAUCAAGAUGCAAGUAAAGACUUCGAGAGUUUUCUGCAUAUACUUGGGGAACGCAUACGUCUUAAAAGUUGGGAUCGCUUCCGUGGUGGAUUAGAUGUGAAAGGCGAUAUGACAGGCAAAUAUUCUGUCUACACACUAUAUGAAGGCCACGAAAUAAUGUUUCACGUCUCAACGCUCCUACCAUAUUCCCACGAUAAUCGGCAACAGGUGGAACGGAAACGACACAUUGGCAAUGACAUUGUAAACAUCAUUUUCAUUGAUCAGCCAACCGCAGACAAAACGAAUACACAGCAAAUGGAGGGCAAGGUGAAAGAUAACAGCGAAUUUAUACUGCCGACAGCGUUUGAUCCCACGUGGAUCAAGAGCCAAUUUACACAUAUAUUUGCGGUGAUUACAAAACUCAACAAUGCCUACCGUUUAGCAGUAUUUUGCGAUGAAAACGUGCCGCCGUUUGGUCCGACCCUUCCAAAUCCACCGGAAUUUACGGACAUUUCCAUGUUUCGGGAGUUUCUGCUUGUAAAAAUGAUAAACGCGGAAAAAGCCACUUUUCAAACACCAAUAUUUUCACAAAAAAGAGAAAGAACUUUGGAUAUGUUAAUAAAAGACUUAUACGAUGACUAUAUGGGUGAUGGUAAACUGAAUAUGCUAAAUAGACGCGCAUUCUCUGAAGUACUUUACGAUGUGCCCCGGACAUCAAAAUUGAAAGAGGACGCGCGGCAAAUAGAGUUCGUGCGUAUCGGUCAGGCACUGAAACUAGAGGCUAUCGUGAGAGGUGAUGCGCCAACCAGUAUUGCCUCCGCUAGCCCCUGCACAAUAUUUCGCAAUCCACCGUGGGAACCACAUUGUUUUUAUCCAACAUUUUUGCAUCGUGGAACACUGGCUGGCGACUCAUUCGGUUCCAACGAUGAAAGCUUAUUUAUUGCCACUGAUGACGGAACAUAUUUGAUGAAAGAGGAUCAAUCGCAUCAGUUAAUCUUCGACAAGACAUUUCAAGUGCGGCAACUGAGCGUACUGGAAGAGCAUGGAAUUGUACUCAUACGUGGUGGUUCACUAACUAAUCGUGAUGGUCAUCGCAUUCACGUCUUUCGUUUGCGUGAAUUUUUGCCUAGAAAUGGCGAGGAAACUUUGCGUUGCCGCAGUCGUGCGGAGGUGAAGGAACGCCGUAUCGAACGCACACGCGGAUGCCAUUUGUUUGCGAGUUCACGUAUUAGUGGCGGCCAUUUGAGGUUGAUGGUGGCAGUCAACCGCAAACUACAGUUAUUCCAAUGGAAGCACUCAGCCGCUUGGGCGUCGUGGUGUCCGGAAAAUGACACAGAAACCGUGGAAGGUUUCAUUUACCAAAAAGAAAUCACGCUGUGUGAAUCGCCAAGCAUAAUAACGCCGCUGGAGGGACCGACGAACACAAACGCGGGUGGACUAAUUUGCGUGGGCUACAAAUACCAUUACGAAAUUGUCUGUGAUCAAACGGGAACAGCCAAUAGACUUUAUGAUUUAGAAUCGGCAAAGAGAAAUCAAGCACAAUUGACGGCGGCCAUUGAACUCUGUGAUGGCAUGGAAACAGAAUUACUAUUGUGCUAUAAUCACACAUGCCACUUUCAAAAGUUAACCGAUCGGUCUGGCACAAAAAAUAACUUCGACUUCCACUGGAACACAUCACCGACCGCAGUUGUGUGUGCGUUUCCAUAUAUACUUGGUUUCACAUCCGACUCAAUGGAAAUUCGUCUAUUGGUGAACGGUAACUUAGUGCACACCACAAUAAUGCCAGAAUUACAACUGAUAACCUCUAAGCGAGACAUAUUUUUUGUUACAACGGCCCCAGAAUUUAUGUCUAAAGAUCUUCAUAUUAAAGGUUUGCAUAUAAAUGAAUUUUCAGCAUCGGAACGUCGCUUGGCCACCACGCCGAGCGAAGCAUCUUCUAACGAAGAACUCUCUCAAGGUGAAUUGCUUUGCUCAACUCCCAAAGACUUACCGAUAAAUCCAGAACAUGAACUAACAAAUUUGCUAGAGAUACCGAAUGCCAGUGGAUCAUUACCACACAUACAUCGAGCACGUUCGCUCCAGAAAACCCACAAUGUGUAUGAAGAUAAGCCGGUUAUAGCUAAAAGUAACUCUUGCGGCGACACAGAUAACCGUUUUAGUGGAUUACGCAGCACUUCAAUUGUUGGUGAACACUUACAGCAACAGCAACUGAUACCACAUGGUGUACCGCCCAAUUCGCCGCGAAACAAUAACAGCGGCAGCAGUAAUAGCAAUAGCAGUAAGGGCAGCCAACAAUCGCCCAUGUCGCCCACCAGGCGAACUUCUAAGUAUCGAAAUAUCUUCAAUAGUGUAACAAGCAGUGGUAGUGGUGGUGCUAAUUCACCUAAUCUCACUGAUGGUUGUUCUCGUUCCCCAGAUCGUAUGAAGCCAUUGCGUGUCUACCGCAUUCCACUCGUCAAAUUGACUGGUGCUCAUUCACACUUCCACAUGAAUGCAUUCAAUGCAACAGCAACCGCUGGCGUUGCACCUCAGACACAUCCAACACAGCAUCUAAGUGCGUUGUCGAUGACGAAGCGCCAAAAGUCUGUGGAUACACAUCUGCCAUUGUCGAUGAGCAGCUACACCGGUAUUUUGUAUCAUGAAUGACAAAAACGCGAAAUGAAAUCGAAUGUGAAUGAGAUUACGUCCGCAGCCGGCAACACAAAGCAACUUCCACUGCGACAGGCACAAGAAACAUUGAUAGCAACACCCUUAAUACGGGAACAAAACCCCUUGGAUCUUCAAUUUGCUGAGCGCGACCGUUAUGACGACAAUAAAUUUCGUGAGGACGAUGAAGCAUUCGCCGACGAAGUUCCACUACUGCAAAACGGCGGAUCCAAUGCAUUCAGAAUGCGCAAGAGUAAACCAACGUCAUCACCAUCAAAUGAGGUACAAAUGUGGCUGACGAAGGAGCUACGCAGGUUUCAGAAAAAUCUCUCACAAGAAAACUAGUGAGAAAGUUAUAGUGAAUGGAUGAGGAAUUAAAAUUAUCUGCAGACGAAUAACGCACAUAAAAGUGUAACUCAUUUAUAACUUAAGCAAAAUUACUAAAAUUCUUUAUCUUCACAAUAAGUCAGGAUAGAAAGUACGACAUUCCUCGUAAUAUUUACAUGUGUUUAUUCUGCAGAAUUUCAAAAACAUUUUGUUAUAUUUUUGUGUAGUCUUCGCCUACGCCUUCUUCAAGUAAACCGCCCACUCAUGAAUUCAUAUUACAUUUACUACUGAGGUAUUUAAAUGGUGCUUUUUACAGUUGUCGAACAAUUAUUUCAAAUAAAAAAUAGAAGGUUGAACGAAACGCAAAACUGAUACAAGCUUAUUGCUCCAACCAGAGAAGGCGAUUUCGUCGCUGGAUUUCAAUAGGCUAGCUCUAUAGGUAGUUUAUCAACAUAGUCCACUGACUUGUCGCACUCUCAAAAAAAUUUUAGAAAACUUCUACGUUUGGUACUGAAAUGAAGUAGUAAAUAACCAAUUUUUUUUAAGAACUUGCAUCUGGAGAGCAGUCAUCUCGAAAUAUGGAAGCCACUAUAUUUGGUAUAAGUGUGAUAUGAGAUUGAAAAAUUAUUUAAUGAACUAUGUACGAGUAUAUCCAUUCUUACUUAAUUUAUCAGUAUUUAAGAGAGUUUUCUUUCGUGUGGCUGUUUAUUUUUGAAAGUUUUUUGGAAAGUUGUUUCUAAUAUUACAUUUUAAGGCAUAUUAAAACAAAAUUAUAAUGAAGUUAAAUAAACGUCAAAUGUUAUAAAGUGCAAACAAUAAAAAAUACAUAUAUAUUUGUAUAAAAAAAUCUCUUUAAAAAUGUGUUACAAAUGUUUAUAUAAAAUAAAAAAAUAUAUAUACGUAAUAUACGUAAGAAUAUGUAUAAUAUAAGUUGAUUAUGCAUAGUGCAGUAUGAAUAUUAGUCCUUAUGAAUGUGUUCCGCUUCAAAUUUUCUAUUCUACGUUUAACAAAACCUUUUAAUUAAAGGCACAUAAUUCCUAAACUAUUGAAUUAGCACAGUAAAAAUUUAAUAUACUUUCACAAAGAGAUUACAAUAGCUGUCUUCGAUUCGCCAAAUGUUAAAGAGUAGCGAAAAUAGAGUAGAGGGGUUCAAACAAAAUGGCACCACUUGCAACCCUGCGCUAACAUGUCUUCUGGCGCAUGGGAAAUAGUGUAAUGAUUCUUUCUUAGUGAAGAAAUACAAUAAAAAGAUUUUUUUUUUUCAUUUAUCAUUUGAACCAUUCGCAAUAGUUAAACUGUAAAAUAUGCAUAAACAAAGCUUAAUAGUAUUGAAGGCAGUAACGGCGAAUCGAUGAUAUAC